AUGCGCUCUACCUCCAGCAUCCUCUCGGUGGCCGUCUUGGCCGCCGUCGUCCACGCCGGCGGCAGCAUCGACAACACGGCUCGGGCGGCUCAGCUCCAGGCCUCAGCGUCCACCCUGAGCGGCGCCGGCAACUACGUCUUCACGAACGUCAAGACGGGCAAGUCGCUCGACUUCCCUCGCAACGACGGCACGACCGACUUCUUCCCGAGCGACGGCGCGAGCGCUGUCGCCGUCCAGUUCUUCGGCAACGCCGCGCGCAUCUCGGGCGGCAACAACAAGUGCGCCUCGGCGCAGUGGUCGUACGACGUCGAGGGCGGCGUGGACCACGCCGCCGUCUCGUACGCCUGCAAGGUGGGCUCGGGCCUCCUGACCGGCACCGACUCGCUCGAGGAGACCAAGCAGUGGUGGUACAUCGUUCCUGCCGGCACGAUCUCGGACGACUCGUCGGACGACUCAGCUCCUCCCGCCGACACCUCGAGCGACUCGUCGGACGGCGACGACUCGUCGGACGCCGUCGUCUUUGCCGCGUCGGACAAGACCAAGACGGCUGCCGCCAAGGUCGCCCAGGUCGAUACCUCGCCCGUGGUCGACAGCUCUGCGAGCGACGACUCGUACGAGAGCCGAGGCUAUUGGACGAGCGCGUCGUCCUCGAUCAGCCUCGACGGCGUCGACACGUCCAAGGUCAACAAGCAGGACCGCACGACCUGGGUCUGCCGCCACCCAGGCUGGUGGCUCGCCGACCACCCGGCCUAUGUCACCAAGGCCGGCCACGUCGAGUGCGCGUCCGACCUCGAGGCGUACCUCGCCGACCAGAAGCGCACCCGCAUGACGCGCCGCUCGCGUCUGUUGCACUCGGACAUGGCCAAGAAGCUCGCCAAGAAGGGCCAGCAGACGUUCUUCCUCGUUGCCGUCGACCACAUCCUCGACAUGGCGACGCGCGCCAUGGCGCACGAGCCCGUCGCGACCGUUGGCGGCUACAUGUCCACCCGGCUGAGUCUGUGGGACGAGAGCAAUGACGGCCAGCUCUGGACCAUCUCGCCGGCGUAA